AAGAAAGUCUCAUCUCAUAAAAAACUCACUCGCUCUCUUCCUCCCUCCCGCUCCCUCUCUCUCAAUUUUCUCACUUUCUCGCACUUUCUCAGCAACCAAACAGAAAAUAAAUCAGAGAACCCAUCAAUGGAAUCCUCACCCAGGCACCACCAACCGGAUAACCCAACUCCUUCUUUGCUUCCCUCCCCAAACAGCCACAGCUCCAACAGCAGCACAAGCAGCUCCAACAGCAACCACCACCUCAACGGCGGAGCUCCCCCAACAACCCCAACUCCCCAGCCCCCUAAACCCUACACCAGAUCCGAACCCACCAACCCGUACCCGACCACCUUCGUCCAAGCUGACACCUCCUCCUUCAAACAAGUCGUUCAAAUGCUCACCGGCUCCACCGAAACCGCUAAGCAAGCCUCUUCGAAACCCACAUCCGACCCGCACGCGAAAACACACAUCCCGCCCAUCAAAUCCACGCACACAAAACAACAAUCCGGGUCAGGGUUCAAGCUCUACGAGCGCCGGAACUCCCUCAAGAACCUCCGGAUUAACCCUCUAAUCCCCGUCUUUAGCUCCGCAGCUUCCGGAUUCUCGCCGCGAAAUCCCGAGAUUUUAUCUCCGAGCAUUCUCGACUUUCCUGCUUUGGUUCUCAGCCCUGUCACCCCGCUGAUAUCCGACCCGUUUGACCGGUCCGGGACGGCGAAUUACGGCCCGAAUCCAAAUGGGUGCUCGAGUUUGAACAGGGAGGCGGAGGAGAAGGCGAUUAAAGAAAAGGGUUUUUACUUGCACCCGUCCCCGAGCACGACGCCGCGGGAAUCGGAGCCCCGGUUGCUGCCUCUGUUCCCGACGACGUCGCCGAGAGCUGCUUCAGUGAGUAAAGAUGGCAAGCAAACUAGAGCAGACUGGAUUCUUUGUGGAUAGUGCUGUAUUUAUUACAUGGGUCUUUUCGCAAUAAAAUAAAAUAAAAUGAGAUUAAUCAUUCA